AUGGAUAGACAAACAAAUCCAUCAAGUUGGUGGGUAUCAAUCACUUCUAUGUGUGAUAAUGGAGACAAUGAGAGUGAAGAUGAUGGAUUAGACUCUGAAGAUGAUCUACGAAGUUUAUGCAGUAGUGAUGAAAACUGUGGCUCACGUCGGUCCAACAAACAGUACAAUCCAAGGUGCAACUUCUCAGAGUUUAAGUUUGUUCUGGGUAUGGAGUUUGGGAGUGUGGAGUUAUUAAGGGGUGCACUUAAAAGAGUAUUUCAUAAGAAGCAACAAAGAGUAUGUCUUUGUAACAAAUUCUACAGAGAAUGUAAGGGUCAAAUGAGUGACAACAAAAGUUUUAGGGUCAAUACUCUUGUUGAUGUACACAAUUGCGGAAUAGUUUUUAAUAGUCAACAUGUCACUGUCAAUUGGCUUGCAAAUCAUUUUCUGGAUGAAUUUAGGUUGAAUCCCAAUAUGGACUACGCCACUUUCAAAGAAAAGACCUUCAAAACUAAAUAUUCUCAAGUUAAAAGGCACAAGUUCUAUCGGGCAAGGAACAAAGCAAAGAAAAUUUUAGAAGGUUCAGUUUCAGAACAAUUUGCAAUUUUAGAAGAUUAUUGCAAGCAACUUCUGGCAACAAAUCCUCGUAGUACAGCGAAGAUUCAGACCAAGUUGGUGGAUAGGAAAAGAAUAUUUGAAAGAUGUUAUAUAUGUCUCAAAGCAUGCAAGGAUGGUUUCAUCAACGGGUGUAGACCUAUAAUAGGCCUUGAUGGUUGUUUUCUUAAAGGCUACUAUAAAGGUAUUUUGAAGACAACAAUUGGAAUUGAUGGCACUAAUUCUAUAUUCCCAAUUGCCUAUGCUAUCGCAGCGAAAGAAAACACAAACUCUUGGAAAUGGUUUCUUGAGUUUUUGAAAGAGGAUCUAGCCAUUAAUGACCCUACAAAAUACACUUUCAUCAGUGACAAGCAAAAAGACUUAGAAAAUGCAGUGGAAACCUUGUUUGGUGGAGCUGGAGUAAGGUUUUGUGUGAGGCAUCUACACUCUAACUUCAAGAAGGAAAAUCCUGACAUAUUGUUGAAGCAAAUGUUAUGGCCAGCAACAAAUGCAACAACAGAGGCCGAAUUUGAAAGAAGAAUGCAAGAGCUGAAAGAUUUUGAUGAAGCUGCCUACACUUAG